GGCUCCGCGAACGGGAUGCGGACGGCGGAAGGGCUCCUGGCCGCCCCGACAGAAGCGUCUCGGGGGAAACUGUUCCCUGACUGGCCGCCUGAGGGCGGCAGCGGGCUCCGUGCGCAGGCGCGGCGUCCUGCUUCCGGCCUGGGAGGAAGUCCGCGGAGGCACAUGGCGGAGACGCAGCAGAGCUUUGCCCACCUGGGGCUGGACGCGCGCAUCCUCCAGGCGCUGGGCGACCUGGGCUGGGCCCGGCCGACGCUGAUCCAGGCGCAGGCCAUCCCGCUGGCCCUGGAGGGCAAAGACCUGCUGGCGCGCGCCCAGACGGGCUCCGGGAAGACGGGCGCCUACGCCGUGCCCCUGCUCCAGCACCUCCUGCGCGGGAAGGCGUCCGCGCUGGUGGCGGCCCAGGCCGUGCGAGGCCUGGUCUUGGUGCCCACCAAGGAGCUGGGCCAGCAAGUGCUGCAGGUGCUCCGGCAGUUGGCCGCCUACUGCGCCCGCGAGGUGCGCGUCGUCGACGUCUCUGGCCAGGCGGAGCUGGCGGCGCAGAGACCCCUCUUGAUGGAAAAGCCAGAUGUCGUGGUGGGGACCCCAUCUCGGGUCCUGGUUCACUUGCAGGCCCAGAGCCUGAACUUGCAGGACUCCCUGGAAAUCUUGGUGAUGGAUGAAGCGGACCUGCUGUUUUCCUUUGGCUUUGAGGAAGACUUGAAGAGUCUGCUCUGCCACUUGCCCAAGAUCUACCAGACCUUCAUCAUGUCUGCCACCUUCAAUGAGGACGUGCAAGCGCUGAAGGAGCUCGUGCUGCACAACCCUGUGACGCUCAGGCUGCAAGAAUCACAGCUGCCAGACAGCUCCCAGCUGAGCCAGUUCCAGAUUCAGUGUGAGAGUGAGGAGAACAAGUUCCUGCUGCUGUAUGCGCUGCUGAAGCUCUCGCUGGUCCGGGGGAAAGUCAUCCUCUUUGUCGGCACCAUUGAGCGCUGCUACCGCCUCAAGCUCUUCCUGGAGCAGUUCAGCAUCCCUGCCUGUGUGCUAAAUUCGGAGUUACCCGUCCAGUCCCGGUGCCACAUCAUCAGCCAGUUCAAUAAGGGCAUCUGCGAUUACAUCGUUGCGACAGACGAGCAAGACCUGGCGGAGCCGGAGGGGUCAGGAGAAGGCAGCAGCAGGAGGAGGACGGGUCGGAGGAAGGGCACCAAAGCAGAAAAGGGCAAAGACCAGGAAUAUGGAGCCUCGCGGGGUCUUGACUUCCAGAAUGUCUCUGCUGUCUUCAACUUUGACUUCCCUCCUUCAGUCGAGUCUUACAUCCACCGAGCAGGCAGGACGGCUCGGGCCAACAACCCAGGCACCGUCUUGACUUUUGUGUCACCCUCUGAGACUGCCCUGCUGGCCAGGAUGGAGGCGGCACUCACAGGAGGUAGCGACGAAACCACCUUACGGCCCUACCAGUUCCGGAUGGAGGAGAUUGAGGGGCUCCGCUACCGCUGCCAGGAUGCCAUGCGCUCAGUCACGAAGCAGGCAAUCAAGGAAGCUCGGCUCCGUGAGAUCAAAGAGGAAUUGCUCAACUCUGAGAAACUGAAGACGUACUUUGAAGACAACCCUCGGGACUUGAGUCUGCUGCGCCACGAUAAGCCCCUUCACCCGGCUGUCAUCAAGCCCCACCUGCGCAACGUGCCACAGUACCUGGUGCCUCCUGCUCUCCGGGCUGUAGCUCAGCCCCUCAUCGGGAAGCGCAAGCGCCAGAAGCCUCUGCCCCGCAGCGCCAAGGGCCAGAAGAACCCACUGUGCAGCUUCAAGUCCAGAAAGCAGAGAUCACGGGCUUCAGUCAAGAGGCUGAAGGCCCCCGGAAUGCCUGGCCCUUAGCCGUGGCCUCGGGAGAGACGGCGUGGAUGUACGGAUUGGGGCGGGGAGGAGGUCUGCUCAGGGGGCCUCUUUCUCUCCCCCCCAAUUCCUGCUGGGACUGUGCUUUUGCCAGAAUGAAAACCAUUGAAGAUGUGUUUGUACCUGAUUACAACUGUGUAGUUUUCUAAGGACUUUUCAGCCCCCACUCCAUGUCUCAGAAGAAAAUUAAAGUGGUUGUACACAGUUAA